AUGAUUUGGUAUGUGGCCGCUUUGGUAGCAAGUGUGCUCGGCGCCGGCGGGCUGCCCGUCCAAGGUGCCCUUGGCUCGAGGGAGGAGCCCGAGUUCGUGACCGCUCGCGCUGGCGAGAGCGUGAUCCUGGGAUGCGACGUGAUCCACCCGCUCACGGGACAGCCCCCUCCCUAUGUCGUGGAGUGGUUCAAGUUCGGCGUCCCCAUCCCCAUCUUCAUCAAGUUUGGGUUUUACCCUCCCCAUGUCGACCCAGAGUAUGCCGGCCGGGCCAGCCUGCACGACAAAGCCUCCCUGCGCAUUGAGCAGGUGCGCUCCGAGGACCAGGGCUGGUACGAGUGCAAAGUGCUCAUGCUGGACCAGCAGUACGACACCUUCCACAACGGCAGCUGGGUCCACCUCACGGUCAAUGCUCCCCCCACGUUCACGGAGACCCCGCCGCAGUACGUAGAGGCGAAGGAGGGCAGCAGCGUCACCCUGACCUGCAUGGCGUUCGGGAACCCCAAGCCCAUCGUCACCUGGCUCAGAGAGGGAGACCUUUUGGGUGCCAAUGGCAAGUACCAGGUGAGCGACGGGAGCCUCACGGUGCUCUCGGUCAGCCGGGAGGACAGAGGUGCCUACACCUGCCGGGCCUACAGCAUCCAGGGCGAGGCUGUGCACACCACGCGCCUGCUCGUCCAAGGACCUCCUUUUAUCGUUUCCCCUCCGGAGAACAUCACAGUCAACAUUUCCCAGGAUGCGCUGUUCACCUGCCAGGCCGAGGCGUAUCCCGGGAACCUCACCUACCUGUGGUACUGGGAGGAGGAGAAUGUCUACUUCAAGAACGACUUGAAGCUGAGGGUGCGGAUCCUGAUCGACGGGACGCUGAUUAUUUUCCGUGUCAAACCAGAGGAUGCUGGAAAAUACACCUGUAUCCCCAGCAACAGCCUGGGCCGCUCGCCAUCAGCCUCUGCCUACCUGACAGUGCAGUAUCCUGCCCGCGUGGUGAACAUGCCCCCCAUCAUCUACGUUCCCAUCGGGAUCCACGGGUACAUCCGCUGCCCGGUCGAGGCGGAGCCCCCGGUCACGCUGGUCAAGUGGAACAAGGACGGGCGUCCCCUGCGAAUCGAGAAGUAUUCCGGCUGGAACCUGCUGGAGGACGGGUCGAUCCGGAUCGAGGAGGCCACUGAAGAUGCUCUCGGCACUUACACCUGUGUGCCUUAUAACGCCCUGGGUACGAUGGGCCAGUCUCCCCCUGCCCGACUGGUACUGAAGGACCCCCCCUAUUUCACGGUGCUACCAGGCUGGGAGUACAGACAGGAGGCAGGGAGGGAGCUGUUGAUUCCUUGCGCUGCUGCCGGAGACCCCUUUCCCAUCAUCGCCUGGAGAAAGGUCCUCUCGGAAACGGGGGAACCGUCUGCCUUGCCACGACCGGAGAGACCGGAUCCCCUGCCGGUGGCCGGCGGUGUCCCCUGGGCCGCGCAGGUAGGGAAGCCCAGCAGGAGCAAGCACAACACGCUGCCCGGCGGGACCCUGCAGAUCCGCUCCCUCGGCAAGGACGACCACGGCGAGUGGGAGUGCGUCGCCACCAACAUCGUCGCGAGCAUUACUGCCAGCACCCACCUGACUGUCGUAGGGACAAGCCCUCACGCCCCAACCAGCGUGCACGUUGUGGCCGCCAUGACCUCAGCCAACGUCUCCUGGGAGCCCGGCUAUGACGGUGGAUACGAGCAGACUUUCUCAGUUUGGAUGAAGAGAGCCCAGUUUGGACCCCAUGACUGGCUGUCUCUCCCUGUGCCAGCUGGUUCCAGUUGGCUACUGGUGGAUACCUUGGAACCGGAGACUGCUUACCAGUUCAGUGUCUUGGCUCAAAACAAGUUGGGCACCAGCUCCUUCAGUGAGGUGGUCACUGUGAACACUCUAGCAUUCCCUGUAACAACUCCAGAGCCUCUGGUGUUGGUUACCCCACCGAGGUGCCUAACAGCCAACCGGACACAGCAAGGCGUCCUCCUGUCGUGGCUCCCUCCCGCCAACCACAGCUUCCCCAUCGACCGCUACAUCAUGGAAUUCCGCGUGGCGGAGAAGUGGGAGAUCCUGGAUGAUGGCAUCCCGGGCUCCGAGAGCGAGUUCUUUGCCAAGGACUUGUCCCAGGACACCUGGUACGAGUUCCGUGUGCUGGCGGUCAUGCAGGAUCUCAUCAGUGAACCCAGCAACGUCGCUGGCGUGUCCAGUACAGAUGUUUUCCCUCAGCCUGACCUGACGGACGAGGGCCUAGCCCGCCCGGUGCUGGCUGGCAUCGUUGCCACCAUCUGCUUCCUGGCUGCUGCCAUCCUCUUCAGCACACUCGCCGCCUGCUUCGUCAACAAGCAACGCAAACGCAAGCUCAAGCGCAAGAAAGACCCUCCUCUCUCGAUAACACACUGCAGGAAGAGUUUGGAGUCCCCGUUGUCUUCCGGCAAGGUGAGUCCCGAGAGCAUCCGCACGCUCCGUCCCCCCUCGGAGUCCUCUGACGACCAGGGCCCGCAGGCCAAGCGGAUGCUGAGCCCCACCAAGGAGAAGGAGCUCUCCCUUUACAAGAAGACCAAACGAGCCAUCAGCAGCAAGAAGUACAGCGUCUCCAAGGCGGAGGCCGAAGCCGAGGCCACCACUCCGAUCGAGCUCAUCAGCCGCGGGCCGGACGGACGCUUCGUCAUGGACCCGGCGGAGAUGGAGCCCUCCCUGAAGACACGGCGGAUCGAGGGCUUCCCCUUCGUGGAGGAGACGGACAUGUACCCCGAGUUCAGGCAGUCGGACGAGGAGAACGACGACCCCGUCGUCCCCACCUCUGUGACCGCCCUGAAAGCCCAGCUCACCCCUCUGUCCUCCAGCCAGGAGUCCUACCUUCAGCCACCAGCAUACAGCCCCCGGUUCCACCGGGCGCUGGAGGGUCCUGGCGCCCUGCAGGCCACCGGCCAGGCCCGCCCGCCGGCCCCCCGGGCUUUCCACCACCAGUUUUACGGUUACCUCAGCAGCAGCAGCCCCGGGGAGGUGGACCCGCCGCCCUUCUACAUGCCAGAAGUCAGCCCGCUGAGCUCGGUCAUGUCCUCCCCACCGCUGCCCCCCGAGGGGCCCUUCGGACACCCCACCAUCCCCGAGGAGAACGGGGAGAAUGCCUCCAACAGCACGCUGCCCCUGGCCCAGACCCCCACGGGGGGCCGGUCCCCCGAGCCCUGGGGCAGGGCCGAGUUCCCCUUCGGCAGCCUGGAGCUGGCCCCCGCGCCGUUCCCCCACCAGCUCCAGCCCUGCGAGGCGGCCGAGGGCUCCCAGCCCACGGGCUGCCUUCCUCGGGGGCCGCCCCCCUCCUCCCUCCAGGUGGUCCCCGCAUCCUACUCGGGCAUCCUGCCCCUGGAGGCACCAAAGAGCUGGACCGGCAAGUCACCGGGCAGGGGUCAAUCCUCCGUGCCCACUACCACCAAGUGGCAGGACAAACCUAUGCAACCCAUGGGAUGUCAAGGGCAGCUAAGACAUACCAGCCAAGGUAUGGGCAUACCCGUGUUGCCUUACCACGAACCGUCCGAGCCCGUCGGCCCCAGCGGCACAAGCACAUUCAGCCUGGACACCAGGUGGUACGAGCCCCAACCCCGACCUCGGCCCAGCCCUCGGCAGGUCAGGAGGGCUGAGCCCAGUUUACAUCAGGUGGUGCUACAACCUUCAAGGCUUUCUCCUCUGACCCAAAGUCCCCUGAGCUCCCGCAACAGCUCCCCGGAGCUGACUGCCCGCGCCCGGCCCCGCCCGGGGCUCAUCCAGCAGGCAGAGGUGUCGGAGAUCACGCUGCAGCCGCCCGCGGCCGUCAGCUUCUCCCGCAAAUCCACGCCGUCCUCCACGGGAUCUCCGGCGCCAAGCAGCCGCGGGGACAGCCCCAGCUUCCGACCGACCACCGCCUUCACCCCCGUGGGCACCGGCUUCUCCAACUCCCAGGGCUCCUCCCUGCCCGUGGACACCAUGGAUGUUUUCGGAGACAUCCCUUCUCCAAGGAGGGCUGGCGAGGAGAUUCUCCAACCAGAGCCGACAUCCACCACCACGGUAGCCGCCACAGGAAAACGUCCAUCUCCGCCCGGGGACGCUGCUGCACCUGAGAGGCUCGAAGCUCUGAAAUACCAGCGGAUAAAGAAGCCCAAAAAGUCAUCCAAGGGCUCUUCGAAAUCCAGAAAACAACCCAACGGCUCUGCCUCCCAGGUUCAGCACCCUCCCAGCUCUCAGGUACUGUCGCCUGACGAAGCUGUCUGCCUCCGCAAGAAGAAGAGACACCCUCGUCAGGACCCCUUCGCCCGGCUCUCAGCGCUGAAGGACGACCUCUGCCACCGGCAGCUCCCUGAAGACCAGACAGCCAUUCUCAACAGCGUAGACCACGAUGACACCAGCGGACACGCCACCCUGCUCUAGCCUAGCGCCGGUCCCAGGAGGUGGAAUUGGAGCUGGUGGAGGGAGCUGGUGUCACACCACGGGGGGAUGGAGGUGGUGGG